UGGAUAGCGAUAAAGCAGCCACUCGAACAAGUGCCAACUCCCAAAACACUGUCAAUAACACCCACAAGCUGUGCCCUUGAACUAAAUUGCAAAUAAUUGGAUGUUUAGGUCCAUCUAGUGGCUCAUCUUCGAAAAUAGGCCAGGUAAACCAGUCACUAGUCAAACCAGACCGAAUAUCAUGUUUAAAAUACGUUAUUGUGAAUGUAAGCGGGUUUCGGGGCUGUAGACACGCAUUUAAAACAACAUUUCAUUUGAUACAGAUAACCACGUUAAGGUUUAAAAACAUUUUAAUUAAAAACUACAUUUCCCAGCAUCCUUCACUGUGAAGCCCCGACAAAGUGUCGUAAAUCACCCGCUCUGCUUUACGGCAGAAAAUAGGCCAGUGUGGAGAGUAAUGGCAGGAACAGACACGAGAUAGUGCUCGGACUUUACAUUAUUCCAACAUUUAUCAGGUACCGGCAGCCGAACGGACGCCUGUAUUUGUCCUCGUUCGCUGUGAGAGUCUGAUUCCGACCUCGAUUUCCUGUCAUUAUAUUAACUGUAUGCAGUGGAAUGGCUGAAGUGCCGACUGGGCCUAACGCACUGCCUUCAUCCCCGAGCGACAUCACAGCACUGCCCGUGGACGGGUGCACCUUACUGGGGAACGAUGAGGGACUGGAAAUCUUCAUCCCCGGCCCGGGACCACACCAGCACACCGGCGAUCAUAAAGCGAUUGUCAAAUCCAACCAGAACAACGUACACCCUAAUGCGUUAGGCGCUCAGUUCCACUCAGCCCAGCUGAACGGGGUCCAGUGCAACCACGCUCACCUCCAGAACCACGUCCAGCACUGGACGUCCGACUGUCAAAGCGGCGCUUCUGAUCAUCACCCGUACAGCAUCGGCGAAACACAUGUCGAUCACACGGAAAACAACAAUUUAAUCAGAAAUAAACGUUGUAAUGAUAUAUCGCAGAGCCAGUCGUCGCCGAACAACGGGAUACACUGCACUGAUAGAAUGGCGAUCACGGAGAGCAUCUCUUGUCAACUGGAGAAUGAUGUGAGGAGCAGGACUGGUAAGGUGGAUAAGGUUCGAGCAGCAGAGGAAUCAGGCCCGGGCCCGCAUGGCGCUCGAGUAGAGCAGCAGGCGGCGGCGGAUGACAGCGCUCUGGUGGCGGAGAUGUCGAGACUCGCGCUAGAGGAGCAUGACGAGUCCAUCCGAUACGUGAGAUACGAGUCUGAGCUCCAAAUGCCCGAUAUUAUCCGACUCAUAACGAAAGACUUGUCUGAGCCCUACUCCAUAUACACGUAUAGGUACUUUAUUCACAACUGGCCUCAGCUCUGCUUUCUGGCGAUGGUUGAGAAGGACUGUGUUGGUGCCAUUGUAUGUAAGCUAGACAUGCAUAAGAAGAUGUUCCGUCGCGGAUACAUCGCUAUGCUCGCGGUGGACUCCAAAUUUCGCAGGAAAGGCAUUGGCACCAACCUUGUGAAAAAGGCCAUCUUUGCCAUGGUGGAGGGGGAUUGUGAUGAGGUGGUGCUUGAGACGGAGAUCACCAACAAAUCAGCCCUGAAACUCUAUGAGAACCUGGGCUUUGUCAGGGACAAGCGGCUGUUUAGAUAUUAUUUAAAUGGAGUGGACGCACUUCGGCUCAAACUUUGGCUUCGCUAAAUGAAACCAAUGGGUUCUUCAACACUUUCUCCAUCCCUUUGGCCUCUUCCUCUGCCCCAAGCCUCUUUUGGCUCCGAUAAUGACUUCAAUAGAAAGAUGCUUGACCUCAGCUGAGCCACAAAGAGGAAGCUCUGAGGGAAAAUUUAAAAAAUCAUAAUAAAGUGUUUUAUGAACUUUGGGGCAAAAUACAGAGAGGUUAUUGCAAAAAAGAAAGAAAAUAUAUGAAGUCGGAUACUACUAUUACAUUGACACUGAAGAGGACAGGAUGGUGGCUUGGGAACUCAGGUGUCAAUAGCCCGACUGAAGACCACCGUGUAUUUGGGACGGGCUAGGCAGAAUGGGUUGAUGGCAUCUGCGAAAUUAUUUGAGCCGAAAGCAAACAAUGCACCACAUCUGUUGUUACAUUUUUUUUUUAUGAACAAUCACAAAUCGAGGAAUGAAAAUGUGUGUUCAGACCAACUCAAAACUCAAAUCAAUCUUUUUUUUUUCUCUUCUGCUUCUAAAAGAGGGUGCACAGGAGCACUGCAGGUUGUUAUCGUGUUGGAGCCUGCUGCUUUGUGUUGUUUUUGUGCAUAGGGGGGUCUGCGGUUUAUUGAAUGUGUUUAUUUUAUGUUUUGAAAAACACUGAGCAGAGCACUGUCUGCUUUAAAAGUUCGAAAGGAAAUGACAAAUUAGUGUUCUAACAUGUCCUUGACAUGUUAACAAUGUGGACAGCAUCUCUGUAAUUUUAACUCAGUCGUAUUAGCCCGCUCACAAUAUGCCAUAUUGGUUUAUGUGGAUUGUGAUUCUUUUGUGUUUGGGGCAGUUGUUGGAUUCCAUUUUAUGCUACAUACAAAUCUUGUCAUCUCACCAUCUUGUCAUCUUGUCCGAGGGUAUUUAGUGCACCGAGACGAAUGAAAAUUUAUUAUUAAGUGCCCCCCCCCGCCCGCCCCCUAUUUUUUUUUUAUAAUUUUUUUUAAACCACAGCCUUUAUUACAAUUCAACUUGGAUGAUCUCUUUUGAUUUGAUUGAAUUUAUAGGAAUAGUUCACCCAAAAAUGAAAAUUCUCAUUUAACCUCUUGCCAUCCCAAAUGUGUGACUUUCUCUUUUCUGACGUCUCAGCUCUACACUAUGAAAGUGAAUUGUGUCUAGAACUUUGGAGUGCCAAAAAGCACAAGAAGUCAUCAUAAAAGUAACCCAUACGACUCAGGUGGUUAAGUCCAUAUCUUCAGAAGUGAUAUAAUAGGUGUGGGUGAGAAAUACAUCAAUAUUUAAGACUUUUUUAGAAUAAAUCUCAACCUUUGACCAGACCCGACCAUUAGGUGGUGAUAUGUAUGAAGAAUGUAAAUCACCAAAACAAGAAAUAUGAAAUGGAAAGUGGAGAUUUAUAGUAAAAAAGGACUGAAAUAUUAAUCUGUUUCUCAAUCUUACCUAUCAUAUCCCUUCAGAAGACAUGGAUUUAACCACUGCAGUCGUAUGGAUUACUUUUAUAUUUCUUUUUUGUGCUUUUGGGAGCUUCAAAUUUCUGGUCACAAUUCUCUUGCAUUGUAUGGAUUUACAGAGCAGAGUUUUUUUUUUUUCUAAAAAUCUUAAUUUGUCUUUUGGAGAAGAAAGUAAGUCAUACACCUCUGGGAUGGCAUGAGGGUUAGUAAAUGAUGAGAGAAUUUUCUUUUUUUGUGUGAACCAUCCCUUUAAUGAAUGACCACAAGGAUCUGGAACCAUUAUGAAUAUGAGACAGCGAUUAGAUUACCAUUUCUAUUAUUAAUACUGAUCACCUCUGUCACAUGUUUAGUUAUUCAGAUAUGCUAAACCAGGACAAAGGAACCUCAAACAGAUGCACUUCUUAUUUUUGCACUGAUUAAAUAGUGAGUUUGUGCUCAGUAAAAUUCCCUUGUCUGCCACUGCCUUAGUUAAACAUUAGAGGGCAGCAUACAGAACUCACCAGCUCAGUUCCAUUGAACUCGUGGACAGUAACUUUGAAUUUUGAAGUCAUGAAGCAGAUUGAUCAUUUGCAAGACUGCAUUAAGGUGUUUUAAAUCGUGUGUAAGGGAGUUUUUUGUUUUUAUCGGAUUGUGUUUAACAGUGUGAUGUGGCAAUUUGUACAAUCACCCACAGUGUAAAGUAUGUAAGUGUUCCGAAAUUUGUGUUCGUAUUUUCAUUGCCAAUGGGGUAGGCAUCUUAUUUGAUUUUAUGCAAAUGAAAACGAGGCUGUUAAAAGUAGAAGUGCAGUCUCUGUGGUAGUUUGUACCAUACCUUGUCAAACAUCAUUUGAUGUUGAAUAUCCGUCGACAAAAAUUCGACAAUGCUUCUGGUUAUUACAAAUGACCUUACGGCCUACUGAAUGGACUGUACAUCUAUUCCUCACAGCAUUAAUUUAAUUUGCAUAAAAUUUAAAUAGAAAAAAAAAAACAAGGCUGUGAGUUCAAUUGCAUUGUUUUCCUGUCAUGAUGGUGUCUACCCUGACAAAGGUCUGUAGACCCUGUCUUUGCUUCUGCUGCUGGCUCAUGAGUUCUUCUUUGGGUUUGGGGGGAGCUUAUUUUUUCAGGUUUUGAGUGGGAAACGAGAUUUUUGAUUUGCAAAAUGUACAUAUGGAGGCUUGAUUUUUUUGACCAUCAUUUGCAAUUGUUCCCCAUAGAGAUGCUGCGCUCCAUUGAUAAGAAGACUAUUGCUAUUUAAAUUUGCGCUUAAAUACACUGAUAUUACUGAUGGAGUGAAAAAAAGGAAUUGAUGCAUCUAUGUUUGUUUGCUGUUUUGUUUGACUUAUUUUGCCCCAUGUUACAUUGCGGAAUUAUAGCAAGCCCAAAAUACUUUCCAGAAACGUAGUCCCAUUAACAUUAGGGCUCAGGUGUUUCAUUUCUCGUCAGUUCCCCUUUCACUCGACAAGGGCUCCUUUCAAGCACCCAGUGGUUAAAAACCACAGUUUACUUCAAAGCCAACUUGUUUUCACAAGGAAUUGUUUCUUUGAAAGCUUUUAAUUUGUGGACUUAGAUGUUGAAAUGGAGACCUGAGAGUCUUUUUAAUAUGUUUUUGCUUUAAAACACCAUUUGAACAUUCAGCUCUUGAGCGUGCAGAUGUAAGCUCAUCCUGACCUUAAGGGGGUAGUUCAUUAAAAAAUGAAAAGAUAAUUAUACAAUGACAAAUUUGUCAUUUUUGGGUGAGCUGACCCUUUAGUUAAAUUUAAAGCCCCUUACAAAAAGCCAGCCUAGACAGACAAUAAUAAUAAUAAUUGUUUUGGCUACCAAUCAUUUGCCAUCCUUUGCUAUUUUCAUAUGAAAUUAAUACUUGUGUAAAAUUGUGGUUGGUAAAGGCCCUGGUAAUGUUAUUUUGCACUGCCUUUUUUGACUUUGUGGUUUAUUACUGUAAGCAGUACAUCAAAGGUUAUGGCCAUGAACAACUUUAGACUGAACAGCUGGCAGGUUCUAGCUGGGCAAGAUCACGUAUUUAGCGGACAUGGACACUUUUGAAUCUGCAUUUGUGGCUAAUUCUAACCAUCGUAAACGGUGGAAUUGAUGUUGUAGUUAGUGUUGCUCUCUGCUGAUUGGAUGAUGGAGACCUGCACCUCUAACAUAGAUCCAUUGUGUUGGGGUGAAGAGAGACCAUUUGCAUGUUGACUACAUUUUUUUCCACCCUUUUUCCCACUCUCACCCCUGACAAAAUGUCUUGCAAGUUUCUUCUUUUCAAGUGAACAACAGACCUGGUUUAAAAAUUCUAAAUAAAUUAUUUGAUUUUUAAGCAAAUGUAGUAUUCUUUUUUUUUCAAAAGGAGAGUUUGGAGCUCAAACUUUGUCAACAUGAAAUCAAAAUUGACCCUACUUAAAUGCAGGUGUGUUUUGCCAAUCAUUAUUACAUAUUUCGGGUCUUUAGUAUAUCACAAAUGGAUCUACAAAAUGCCCAGAGAGUGUAAAAAAUGUCAAAGCAUUCUCAAGGCAAUUAGAAAAUAGUAGAUUAGAAUAUAUUUGAUGUUUUAUUUUUCCCUUGUUAAAGAGUCGAUGCCACAAAUUAUAGAUUAGGGUUCAUUUUUUAACUUGUUGCACAGCACAUCAACGUGAUAUAGUACUCAUUUGUAUUAAUAUAGCAUUCAUUUUAUGUUAUAAACAAAGCAAUAGAUAUAAUGUAAUAGUAAACUUGUAUAGAUAUGAAAUAAUCACAAAAAUAUUAUUUACGAUAGCGCAAAAUAUAUUGCAACACUAUUACAUAUCUCUGGUCACUAACAAUCCUAAAAUGUUUGGUAAGUAAGCAAUUUAUUAUUGUUACACAUUUCAUAAGAGAACAUUUGAGAAAUACUAAAGAGGUGUGGGUAUAACUGGAUGAGGUAAAGGGGAUGGAAUGAGGUCCAGGUCACUUAAAGACCUAUGGUUUGCAUUUAAGGGUUAAUAAACCUUACUGGUUUUACAUUUUAAGAAUUUCCUGAAAAACAAAACCGAGAUUAUUUAACAGAGAUGGGUCACUUCUAUGAAAAUGAAUAGGAGAAAUUGGAAUGCCCAACAGCCAAUGUAGAAAGGAGGUCCUGCCUUACAGGUAAAAAGCCAUUCACCUUUUGAUAGAGACAUCGCCUGUGUUUAUUAGCUAUACAACCUGGAAAAUUUCGUUUCUUAGCUUAAUUUGAGAUAAUGAAGCACAAUUUAUGAUACCAGUGUAGUCAGAUUUUACUGCUGAUUUGAAAUAUUUUCUCAGAGAUGUCUUUUCCCAUUCAAGUAGGAGUUGCUCUUGUAUGCUGCUUGUUUACAUAGAAAAAUAGCUGCCUGGGAGUGUUCCAAAGAUGGCCGCUUAGUGAACUGACUUGCAAGAAAGACUUUGGUAACAUCAAUUUAGAUUUUUGUUGAUUUUCCAGUAUCACUCAGAAAUGUAAUGCUGCCUUUUAAAGGGGUCAAGAAAAGGCUUUUAUUGUUAAUUAUUUUAAUAUGGUUGCACAAAAAGCAAUCAUAGUUGUAAGACAUGAUAUUUAUUUAUUUUAUUUAUUUUAUUUUAUUUGACCCUGUAUCAGAAACUCUGUUUUGGUGCUGCUUCUCCAAUAAGACUUGACAGUAAACACCCCCAGUUAUGACUGGCUCUUGACUGACCUGCUCUCUCCUUGCCAUCUUACUGCUCGGCCCAUUGUACAAAGGAGUUUUUUGCUGAUAGGCAGCAGAUGCCCUAAUCCUAACCAGAUGUAGCCUGUAAGGCCGAGUAGCCUACCAGGAAAAAUGAAUGGCACCUUUCACCCAUCACACACUGCUCACCACUACUGAGCAGGGCUACAGAAGUGAUGAGGUAAAGUAGGUAUUGAUGUGUUGUUGUGGAGGCAGUCAGGUGCACAUAUACCACAGUGUGACAUCACAAUAUGGAGGAAGUAGACAACGAGUCGUUUUGGCUGCUUAGUUUCAACAAAUGCUCUUUUUGCAGUGAAGAAGUUUUAAGUUCUGAAACUUACAGUAUGUUUUUAUAGCAAAAUGGCCUCUUAUAUGUUAAAAGAUAAAGGAAAAUGUUAUUCCUCAUGUUAUGACCCCUUGUAAAUGAUAUCUUCAUUUGUGUCAUUGGUGUGAUUUAUUUGGUAUGGGUUCUUUUGAAAUUAUCUUAUUUAUUUGUCAGGGACACUACACAUUAUUCAAACAUCUCACUGAUGUAAAUGUGCCAGAUUUAACAAACAAAAAGGCUGUCUCGGCACAGAUGAAAAAUGUUAAGUCAUUUGAUAAUUCUAGGUUUUCAGUAUGGAAUUCAAAUAUUUAGUAAGAAGAAAUUAACAAUUUGUCAUCACAACAGUUCUACAACUGUAUUCAGACACCGUCUCUUAAUUAGUUGUCUUAGAAUACCAGAGACACUUGAUUAUUCGUGGAUGUUAAUUUGUGUUCAUGAUUCUACUCAUUUCAAUUUGUGUUAAAAUUCAUUUUUGUUGAAGAGGAGACAGCUGUACUCAAAAACCACCACAAUGUUUAUUUUAACAUAAUUACAUUAAACUGAUUCACAUGACACAAGAAAGAAGGUUUUCUAUUCCUCAGACUAUAUACAUAGAGACCACAUGUUCUGUGGGCAAGGGACAUGUGAGCAGGUAGUGCUUUACAUGUUCUUACAUGUAUCUUUUAGGGCUCUUUGGUUUGCAUAAUAGCUGCCACAUCUGAACAGCCUCCAAAAAGUUUGUUUUUUAAACUAUUCAUAUUGAUUUGACAUCAUUGUACCAUGUUUCUUGUUCAAACACGAUUGCAUCGUGUUAAACUGACUUGAAUAGGUGACUCUUUGGGUUGACUCAAUGUUUUAAUUUUGAAAGAACAUGUUUCAGUCAAGUAGCUCAACUGGCUGCAGGAAGUAAACAGCUGGGUCUCAGUCGACAGCAGUCAUCAAGUGUUUCCAUUUGAAGAGAUUUACAACUAAUUAAAUUGCCAUUUUAUUAUUUUGAGUUUAACUGUUUUAAUGUUUUAAUGGGAGCACUGCAAGGAUUAUUGGAGUUAAUUUCACUUAAGCAUAAUUUAUAUAAUUAAUUUAAAUGGUUUCUAUGACUUUAGUUUUUGCUUGACCAGAUUACCUUCUUUUAUAAGUACAAUCAAUGAUUAUUGUUGUUUUUUAAUUCUGUUUUUUGUCUUUCAUUGCUCUAUUUUGUCAAAAUACACUGAAUUACACCAAUUAAAAAGGAUUUGGUCUGAGCUGAAUAAAGCACAUUCUACUGUUUGUGUUUUGUGGUGACAAAAUGAACUUACUGUGCAUAGAAAGAACCAAUUAACAUCUAAAAUGUUGAUGUGAUUGUGUAAAGCAACA